AUGCUGGCCUUCCAGUCGGCUGGCGUCGCACGCAGUGGCAGCAAUGGGAGCAACGGCAGCAGCGGCCGAAGCAGCCCGUCUGUCUCGUCCAUGCAACAGCAGCAGCAGCACCCGCCACGCACUGCCAGCGGCAACUCGCUCACCCUCCCGCAGCUAGCAGGCGGGAGUGCGGCUCCUGUCGUCCCACCCAGCGGUGCGUUCGCAGCAGCCCAAGCCGCAGCAGCAGCAGGCCAAGUCACGAAUGGCGCAUCUCCGCCGCUGUUUGCAGACGCCGCAGGAGGACCGCCGCCGCAGCUGCGCCUGGCCUCCAAGGACAUGAGCCACCUGCUGAGCGGGUCACCGACGAGCCCUGGUGUUGGCAGUGGCAGCAAGAAGCCCUCGCGCACGCACUGGCUGCCAGACAACCUGGUGUCGCUUUGCAUGGAUCCGAGCUGCGGUGUGCCAUUCUCGCUCUUUGAGCGCAAGCACCACUGCAGGCGCUGCGGAGGAAUCUUCUGCGCUGCUCAUUCGAACAAGCGCCUCAACCUGAACGCAGACGCCGAGUUUGCAGCCGUAAGGUCGCCUCUGUACCCAGAGUGGAAGGCGAUAAACAAAAAACAAACAAACAAAAAAAAACCACAAAAACCGAUGUCAAGAAAAAAGUCGGAGGGUAGGAUUUUCUAA